CAACUACGAAUCUUUCUGUUUACAGUUAUAUCUUCGAAAGAUAGUAUUUUUAUAGAUUUUAGAACUUAGAUUUUACCCAAAUCCCUAAACUGUUCAUCAUGAACCAUCUGUCAAAGCUUCGAACUUGUUCUAUUCUCAAAUGGGAUUUCGUGAAUUUGGCUGAAUUCAAUCUUACCCCAUCAAAAACCACCAUUGGAGGUGCUUGUCUCAACCACAUUACCCAAAACCCUAGGUUCUAUCGUAGAAAAGCAUCUGUUCAAUCAAUCAAUGGUCAGAAAUCAAAUGUUUUGCCCAACGAAGACGAUGGUUCUUCCAUAGCACUUCGAGAAGCACAAGAUGCUUUGAUCGAAUACCUCCAUUCCACAAGAAGUUUGCAGUAUUUGGAUGCUGAAAAUAUCGGUCGAAAUUCGCCUAAAUUUCUUGAAAAUUUGCUGAAAGGCGUAGAAAAUGAGAAGGAUGCUAAACAGUCGAUAAGAAGGUUGCUUCGAUACCAUCCGAUAAACGAAUUUGAGCCUUUCUUUGAGAGCAUGGGUUUGAAGCUAUGUGAGUAUUCUUCGAUUUUGCCACGAAAUAUUAUGUAUUUAUCAGAUGAUCAACUGUUGUUAGCGAAUUAUCAUGUGUUAUGUGAGUAUGGAAUAGCUCCAAAUAAGAUGGGAAAGAUUUUCUUGGAAGCUCGGGAAGUUUUUCGAUACGAUCAUGGUCGUUUGCUAUCGCAGCUUGAUUCUCUUCAAGAAAUGGGGUUUUCUCAAUCUGGUGUUGCUAAGAUCGUGGCUUCAAGCCCGAAUCUUUUAGUAAAUCGGGAUUUCUCCAAGGUUUUAGAUCAGUUAACAGAUGUCGGGAUUGUAGAAAGUUGGUUCGAUGUGCAUAUUUCGGAGGAAAAUUCGUACGAUUGGAGCAAGAUUCUUGAAACUUUAUCUUUACUCAAGAAAUUCGGUAUUAGAAAUCAAGAUUUAGGAGAAUUAUUGCGCAAGAAUGCGGCAGUUCUAAUGGAAGAUUCAGGAGCUAGAACCAUUUCAUUGAUUGUGUUCUUGAUAAAGUUUGGAGCUUCCGUUGAUGACAUACUAUCAAUGUUUAAGCAGUUCCCAGAAUUCGGGAUCCAAAGAUUUAUGUCAAAUUUGAAGAAUGGCUAUCACUUUCUUCUUGCAAUCGAGAUGGAUAUCAACGACAUUUCAAAUAUCAUUCGUACCCACCCGACUGUUCUUGGUUCUUGCAUCCUAAAAACUGUCAAAACUCUGCUAAACGGAUUAAAUUCUGGGAAAAAGCGGCUUUGUGAUAUCAUAAAAGAAAACCCGCUAGAAAUGAAGAACUGGGUUCUAGGAACGAAAGUGAAAGCCUUACCGAACUCAAAGAAAGAUUUUCCCCAGAAAAAGAUUCGAUUUUUGUUAGAUUUAGGAUUCACCGAAAACUCUAGCGAAAUGAGCAAGGCUCUGAAGUCAUUCCGAGGCCAUGGAGGGGAGCUUCAAGAACGGUUUGAUUGUUUGGUGAACGCUGGAUUAAGGCGCGAAGAUGUUGCAGUAAUGGUUAAAUCAGCUCCUCAAGUUAUAAAUCAAACCAAAGAGGUACUAGAAACGAAGAUAGAUUUUCUUGUUAAUGAUUUACGUUAUCCUGUUGCUUCGUUAGUUGCAUAUCCAGCGUUUUUAUCGUGCUCUUUUCAGAAGAUUAAGCUUCGGUUUGCAAUGUGUAAUUGGCUCGUAGAUUGUGGGAAAAUGAAAGGUAAGUUGGCGUUGAGCACGGUUCUUGCUAGCUCCGAUAGGAAUUUUUUACGAGAUAAAGUAGAUCGUCAUCCUGAACGAAUGGAGGUUUGGAAUAAAUUCAAGAACCAAUUUUAUCCCGAAUGAACAACUUCUAUAGAUUGGAAAUAUGGCAACCAUUUAAACAAGAGUUUUCCGUUCUAUCCAUAUUAGCUUCGAGUUGUCGGUUGUUGCAGAGACGUAAACCAAACGAAACCGAUGUGUCCUGAAAGCGUGCAUGACGGUGGGAUGUAUGCACACCUGACUUUUCUAUCGAAAGUGACAAUAGCAGUAGAGAAAAGCUGUAAAAGAACCAAAAAGAGGGUGUUCUUUGACUUUCAAAAGUCAAACAUACACUU